AUGGGCCAGUCACAUCGGAUGACCUGUAAUCCCUUCGGCCGGACACGUCUUAGCCUCGAGGAAAGGGAUAGCAGACAUCUCGGAUUAAGAUCUGACAGGAGAGGUGGAGAUCCCGUACAGUGUCCGAUGCUCUACUUUUGGAGAGGAUCCGAGAAAUAUUCGAAUUGCUCCAACGUGGCGGCAAAAGUCGAUUCCCAAGAAAAUGAGUAG